AUGGCUGCCUGCAGCCUGCCUCUGGGACUGUGGCUCCUGCUGCUGCUCCAGGACAUCCAGACAGCCCCACAGACAUCAUUAACCCCACCUCAUUCCUGUGAUACAGUAAAGGAUUGGUUCUAUGAUGAAACUUCACAAAACUGCUGUUACCAGUGUCCCUCAGGCUAUGUUAAAAAGAAAGCAUGUCCUCAGGAUCCAGCUGAAGACUGCAUGACAUGUGGGCCUAAUCAGUAUUUGAGCAAUGAAUCCCAAAAGCCACGAUGUGAUGCCUGUGUGUCAUGCUCAAAAGAGCUGGACCUGGUGGAGAAGCAGCCCUGCUCCUUCCGCUCCAGCCGCGUGUGCGAGUGCCGGCCGGGGCUCUUCUGCCGGCUGCCCGUCCUCAACAGCUGCUCCCGCUGCCAGCACCACUCUGCCUGCGAGCCUGGCUUCGGAGUCAAAAUCAGGGGCACCGCAAGGAAUGAUGUCACGUGUGAAGAGUGCCCUCCCGGGACCUUCUCUGCUCAAAGCUCCAGCACAGACAGCUGCAAACCCCACACCAACUGUGCCAAGCUGAACAAAGCAAUGUUAAGGAAAGGAAAUGCUACACACGACCAAGUUUGCCUGGACCAGUUGCCCACUUACCUCACCCCAAGCACUUUGUCCAUGAGAUUCAGCAAUGAAACAAAUAACUUUGACCUGAGGAUGUUUAAGGAGAACCUGGUGACCUCUGCUAGUGGUGACCUAAGUGUCACAACAGCUGAAAAUCCCAGUUCAACUCCUGAGGAGAAAGCUCAGGCUGGCACUUCUCCCACCUCAGCCAAGGGGAAGAUGACAAUAGGAGGUGUGGUGCUCUGGGCAGUGGUCCUCUCCGUGGCAGUGCUCCUUGGGGCCAUGCUGGUGUUUUGGAAGUGGAAGGUUUGCAAGAGGCGGAUGCUGGUGCUCAGAAGAAAGCCACACCUGCAGUCGGUCAUCGCACACAAAUACGUGCUCAGAUCUCAAGGUGAGAAGAUUCUGUGGACCUGCAGUGUCCAAAGUGUUUUUACACUCACCCCACUCCUGCUCUCCUGUUUCUGUUGGCAGAAGAUCAAACUGACCACUGACACUGGGCUGGAAGAGGAGGAGUUAAUUGACAGAGCCCUUCCUUUGGAAACCAACAAUAACUUGGUGUCCAGCACAGAAAAAGCCCAGAGUCCUCCUCGGAGUGUGACUGAUGUGGCUCCAAGCAGUGGGAAUGCCCCAGAUUGCCCUGUGGAUUCUCGAGUCAGGGACCACACAAAUAACAGAAUUGAAAAACUCUACAUCAUGAAGGCAGACACUGUUAUCGUGGGGACUGUUUCAGAAGUGCCCAGUGGCAAGAACUGUGCUGUUAAAGGAUGUGAAAAUAACCUCGAUGCCCAGGAAAGCAUGGAAGAGGAGCUGGAAAUGCACUACCCAGAGCAGGAGACAGAGUCUUUUCCAGGGAAUGAUGUGAUGGUUCCUGUGGAAGAGGAGGGAAAGGAAUUUCACCACCCUACCACUGCCACUGAGAAGUGACAACCCACAGAGACGGUGUGGGAAGAUACAGAAGCACCCAGUGUGACACUAAGGCAGAAUUUAUGACAGGGGAGGUAAACACACUGUGCCUUAGAUUAUUGGGAACCUCCUGGGAAAUACUGAAACACUCAAACAAGGAGUUAGCACCUAUUUCAUCUCACAAAGGAGAGGAUCACCCAAACUGUUGGCCUUCAUAGCUGACAUCAAAUACUUCUAUUUCCCUGUCUCCCAGUAUCAUACUCACAAAAAAUUUGAAUCAAAG